CACCAAGCUCACCCAAGGUGCAUAGCCAAUCAGCUGUUGCGAAGGAAGAGGGGGCUUGUUUUUGAAAAGACGCGCUGGUCUUGGGAGAAAAAGUAGCAGUGGCAGUACUUGCUAGCGAGCCACAAUUGCAAAUGUGAAAUAAUUAUAGUCAAAGAUCAAUACACAAUAAGAAGAGUCAUGGACAUGUGCAGCCAUGUCAAAGUGGUUGUUCGUGUGCGGCCAACUAAUGACAAUGAGAAGUGCGAGAACUUCAGAAAUGUGGUCCAAGUUGUGGACAACCACAUGCUAAUAUUUGACCCCAAGGAACAGCAAAUAACAUCUUUCGGGGGACCAAGAGUUCAAAACAGAGAUGUCAACAAGAGAGCCAAUAAGGACCUGAAAUUUGUCUUUGAUAAUGUUUUUGGGGAGGAUUCUUCUCAGGUGGAUAUCUUUGAGAACACCACUAAAAGGAUACUUGAUGGAGUGUUGAAUGGCUUUAACUGUACAGUCUUCGCUUAUGGCGCAACAGGAGCAGGCAAGACACACACCAUGUUGGGCUCAAGCAAUGACCCGGGUGUGAUGUAUCGCACCAUGACAGAGCUCUUCAACCGUAUGGAUCAAGUCAAGGAAGAGAAAAUAUUCGAUGUAGCAUUUUCUUAUCUUGAGGUCUAUAAUGAGCAGAUCUGGGACCUCUUGGCUAAUGUGGGCCCACUUGCAGUGAGGGAGGACCCAUCGAAUGGAGUGGUUGUCCAAGGCCUUACUCUGCACCAGCCUAAGUCUGCUGAGCACAUCCUUGAAGCUUUGGAUUAUGGCAAUCGGAAUAGAACGCAACACCCCACUGACAUGAAUGCCACAUCGUCACGGUCCCAUGCUGUAUUUCAGAUUUACUUGAAGCAACAGGACAGGACGGCCAGCCUUAAUCCAAAUGUCCGUGUGGCCAAAAUGAGCCUGAUUGACCUCGCUGGCUCCGAGCGAGCAAAUGCCACUAACGCAAAGGGAGCACGUCAACGGGAAGGCGCUAACAUCAACCGUUCACUCCUUGCCCUGGGAAAUGUCAUCAACGCUCUGGCUGACCCUAAGAGUAAGAAAGCCCACAUUCCAUACAGGGACAGCAAGCUAACACGACUCCUUAAAGAUUCUCUUGGCGGGAACUGCAGGACGGUCAUGAUUGCCAACAUUAGCCCCUCCUCCAAAUCUUAUGACGACACCCACAACACACUGAAAUACGCCAACCGGGCCAAAGAGAUCAAAUCAUCGCUCAAGAGGAAUGUUGUCAGCUUGGACAGUCACAUCGGCCAGUAUGCAGUGAUAUGCGAGAGGCAGCGAGAAGAGAUCAUUCAGUUAAAGAAGAAGUUGAAAGAGUAUGAGGAGAGGAAGAUGGACCCUCUUGUUCCUGGAGUCUCUAAUACCAUUUCCAGUCAGAACCAAACAGAGAUUCACAAGGUGUCAGAGUCCCUACAGAGCAUUUUCUCCAGCCGUACUCAGAUCAGGAGGGAGCACCUUGUUCUGGAGCGGCAGCUCAAGGAGAACGAGUUACGUCAGCGUCACAGCGAGGAGUGCAACCAGCAGGCCCAACUCUUCAGUGCCAAAGACAAGACUGAGAAGGCCACCUGCAAGCACGAGCGCAAGCUGGCUUCCCUGCUCACACAGCAGCAGCACAUCCGCAAGAGGCUGAAGGAGGUUGAGCUGUGCUUCCUUGAGAAUGAGGGCUGGCUGCACCGCGUGGAGAAUGACGUGAAGCUACUGGGACAGGACUCCCAGCCACCAGUGGUACUCCAGAAGGACCUUCGCUGCCACAGGCUCCAGCUACAGGUAGAGGACCAAGCAAAUGGUGAUAUGUUGCUGCCUGCCUACAGCAGACAGUACUGGACGCUGAGGGGGUCGGGCCUGGUCAGCAGCCGACCUGGGAACCACCUGGAGCACCUGGUCCUCAGGGAGGGAGGUGCUGAGAAACAUAAGAGGAGAGUCUCGCUGCGCCUUCAACCUAAUUCAUCAUCGAAAGGCCCAGCAGCCCAGGUGACAGUGAUGGAACCCAUUCCCAAGAAACAUACCAGGAGGAAGCUGGCAGUGUCUCCACCAAACCCUGGGAGUGUUGUCUCCGCCUCAGCGCAGGUUCCCAUGGUCCUCCAGGAGGUUUUAAGACAGGAGGGGAUGUUUCCACUGCUCUACACUCCAGAGGCCAGCAGUACACUCAACAGGCCUUCACUCCUGCCUCUCCAGGACUAUGCAGUCAAUGACCCCAACAUGACAUUUGACAUUGAAGAUGGAGACAAUGAAUCAGCUCUUGCCAACGCUACCGUCGUCCUUUACCAAUGUAGCCCCAAUCAUCAAGUGGUGUCUUCGUGCCCCUUGAGUCCAAGCCAACAGCAGGCUCCCCGAGCCAAUGACAUGAGUAAACCCCCCAAAAGACUGGAGAUACCGUCUCUGUUGGACAUCCGACAUGGCAAGACCUACAUGGCCAUGACUUCGGCUGUGCAGGGCAAACGCAAAAUUAAUUGCAGCAGCAGAGAGCAGGAAAUCCUUUCAGCACCCAAGCACAUAAAGCAGGACCCCACAGUAGUAGCAAGACCACUAAGAGUGUGUCUUUUUGCUGGGUCAGAGGAGAACAAGCCCAGAAGAGUUAUGAGGAGUGUUUCUGAGGGGAAUCUUCACCUCAUGGAUGUUCAGAGGAAAAAGUCCAUAUUCUAUAAAACCUCCCAGAAAUUCAAGAGUGUGACAAAGAGGAUGUGAGGCCUGCUUUUGACCAGAUGUUGCUGAUGUCAUGUAGAAAUUAGGGAAUCGUGUUUAGAUGUGGAGAGAGAAAUGAAAUCCUAUGGAUUUCUUGGAUAGUUUUCGCUUGAAUUGUGUAUGAUUCUGAACUUGUUCUUAGUUUUAUUUUUGGUUUUAGAAUUCUUGUUUUUACAUUUUUAUUUCCUACAUUAACAUUUGUUGUACAGAUAAUUUGCUAUUGUUAUUUAGUAAUAAAAUGUUUAGUUAACAAGUAAUGUAUGUGGUUGGUUUUUGACAUGAAUAAUUCAACUCGUCCAAUCAUUUUUUCUCAAAUGGUUCUUUUCUGGGCUUUUCCCUGUUUAGUAUACAUAUAUUUCCUUUCAAAGUAAAAUUGAACAGAAGGGGUAGAUUGAGUUAUCAGACAUGCAGUUUUACUGUCAAGUCAUGUGAAUGCUGUUGAAAUGGAGACUUGUGAUGUUUGUUAUUUCUGCUUGUAACCCAUCUGUAUAGGGAAACUCAUUCACCUGUGGAACUUUUUUCACUGUUCAAUAUCAGGCUACACAUCAUAAACAGAAAUGUAGGGCUCAUUAAAUAUUAGGUCAGAAUGUUGAACAGUGUUAAGAAUUCCAACUCACUGAGAGCUGUAUUGAGCCCCAUCUAGUUGCCGCUCUUAAGUAAAUACAUUUGUUUUCGACCAGCUCUAACAAUAGGUGUUGUACAUGCACUUUGAUACCAGCUCCCUUUUGUAAUGGCUGUAUAUAUCUUCAGAGAGAAAAAAUCAGACUUACAUUAUGUCUGGAAAGAAGCCAACUCAUCACUUUGAAUUCAGUCUUUCUGUUGCACAGCAUCCAAUGUUGAUCUUUAUUUUUAGCCAGGAAGCUCAAUGCCAGGUGCUGAGCACCCCACCCCCACCACACACAGCUUUUUCUGUAACUGGUCUACACACAAUUCCCCAUAAUGUCAAAAAGGAAUUAUGUUUACAAAUUAAUUAAUGAAAAGCUUAUGGUAAGCCGAAAUAAGUUCAGGAGUAAAAAUGUGCUCAAUAAGUUGCAUGGACUCUGUGCAAUGUGUUUUUACCAUUUUUAAUUGAGUACCACAUCUCUAACCCACACACAAUUCUCUGUAAGAUCCCUCAGUCGAGCAGUGAAUUUCAAGCACAAAAAAGAGGGAGGUUUUCCAAGGGUUCACCAAGAAGGGCACCUAGUGGUAGAUGGGUAAAAAAUAAAACUGACAUGAAUAUCCGUUUGAGCAUGUUGAAGUUAUUAAUUACACUUUGGUAUAUCAAUGACGCAAUACACCCAGUCACUACAAAGAUGAAUGUACCCUUCCUAACUCAGAUGCUGGAGAGGAAUGAAACCGCUGAGAGAUUUCACCAUGAGGCCAAUGGUGAUUUUUAAAACAGUUUAAUGGCUGUGAUAGAAGAUGACUGAGGAUGGAGCAACAACAUUAGUUACCCCACAAUACUAACAUAAAUGAGAAUGAAUAGAAUACAAAAAUUCUGAAACUUGCAGCCUGUUUGCAAUAAGCCAAUAAAAU